GCUGAAUGGCAACAUUGUUGUGAGAAGAGGGACCAGGGGUUCUGGAGGCGAGAGCGCGAUCCGCUGCACAUCCACAUCACGGGGGGAAUCGUGUAGACAACAGCAGCAGCAGCAGGUGGAGGAGGAGGAGGAGGUGGUUGGCGCGCGCCCCCUCACUCGCUCACCUCCCGGGGAAUCGAACGUUCUCUUCGGCAUUGCUGCCGGAGGUGGGGAUGGGGACGAGCGCGAGGCGAGCGCUGCGGCGUCCGCUUGUAAACACAGGCGGCCACGUGAUGUGAGCAGCGCAUUGUCUGCGAGAGAGAGAGAGAGAGAGAGGGAGCGCGAGAGAGGAGGUCUCGGGGCAGCAUCAGCCGCAGCACAGACCCACACACAGGGAGAGGGGAGGGGAGGGGGGGCGGAGAGGACAGGACAGCGCGGUCCGGUACGGUCCGGUGUGGUGCAGUUGGGACGCUGGACACUCACUUCGACGUGCACGUCUGGGGGCUGUUGGAGGAGGAGAAAGACCACUUGAACCAAGAUGGCUGUGUUAGCCCCGAACUUCUAGCGGAUGUGGCUGUGCUUUUAUUUAUUUAUAUAUGUUUUAUAUAUAUAUAUAUAUUAUCGGGUUGUUGUUUCUGACUUGUGGGGCAUUGCACGAUGUCAUUCGCUAUGGAGGAUAACCUGGAGUCGGACUGGGUUGCUGUGCGACCCAACGCUUUCGACGAGAAGGAGAGGCACAAGUUCGUCUUUAUCGUGGCUUGGAAUGAAGUGGAAGGAAAGUUUGCCAUCACCUGUCACAACAGGACUGUUCAGAGGAAGAAGAUUGGGGCAAAGGGGGUCCAGGGGUCACAGGAGCCGUCGGACAGCUCUCCUGUAACGGGCAGCAAGGCCGCAGCUCAGGGGGGGACUGUGAGGAAGAGCCCGACUGGAGAGGGAACCGAGCUGAGAAGUCCUAUCAGAGAAAGGACCAGCAUCCAGAGCCCAACUCGAGGAGACAUUGGGGCCAAGAGCCCAUCCAAAGGGGACAUCAGGGCCAAGAGCCCAGCGCAGGGGGGUAUGACAGUCCCUGAGUCAAUCUCGGGGGAUCCGAAGAUGACAGGUCAUGGAACAGGCAAGACAUGUUUUCUGGACCCUAUUCAAGAUCAUACCCGUGUCCAGGAGUCCACGACUACUGCUGGAGAGGCUGGUGAUCAGACACAGGAUCAGGAGAGUGUGAUGCCGGAUGACUGCAGUUGGGCGGGACUGUUCUCCUUCCAGGAUUUGAGAUUGAUUCAUCAGCAAUUCUGUGCUGUAAAUUCCGAACUGGAGCCCUGUUUACCCGCGUUUCCCGAAGAGACGUCGGGGAUGUGGUCUGUGCUGUUUGGAGCCACAGAGGUGUUUGAAGGGGAAAUGGACUCUCUCUGCUUACAGCUGCAGAUGUACCUCGGCCACGCGCUGGACAUUUGCGGGUGGAAAAUCCUCUCUCACCUACUGUUCACUGAAAGUGAUGACCCCGACGAGUAUUACGAGAGCCUGAGUGAGCUGAGGCAAAAGGGAUACGAAGAGGUGCUCCACAGAGCCAAAAAGCACUUGCAGGAGCUUUUAGAGAAACACAAGACCACGGAGAGGAUGGUGGAGCUGCUAGACCUCUAUCUGGAAGAAGAUGAAGCUUUUGCUGCUCUGGUUGAAGCAACCACAGAGCUCUACCAGUACCUGCUGCAGCCAUUCAGAGACAUGAGGGAGCUCGCCAUGUUACGACGCCAGCAGAUCAAGAUCUCCAUUGAGAACGAUUAUCUUGGCCCACGCAGAAUUGAAGGUCUGAAGAAAGAGGAUUUUAAUUGGCAAAGGAAAGCCCACAUGGCUGUCCUGUCCAUCCAGGAUUUGACGGUGAAGUACUUUGAGAUCACAGCAAAAGCACAGAAAGGUGUGUACGAUCGAAUGCGUGCAGACCAAAAGAAAUGCGGGAAGGCUGCGUGGGCCAUGGCAGUGGAGCGGAUGGAGAAACUUCGAUACGCGGUUGCUAAGGAAACAUUGCAGCUGAUGCGAGCAAAAGAGAUCUGCCUGGAGCAGAACAAGCAUGCACUGAAAGAUAAAAUGCAGAGCCUUCAGAGUGGCACAGAUGCCAUAGCACGGCUGGUCCGGCUGGAGACUGAUUAUUAUGACAUGCAGCUUCAGUUGUAUGAGGUGCAGUUUGAGAUCCUGAAAUGUGAGGAGUUACUGUUAACAGCACAACUUGAAAGCAUUAAAAGACUCAUUACAGAGAAACAAGAAGAAGUUGUUUACUACGAUACUUAUGAAAGCAUGGAAGCUAUGCAGGCGAAGGAAGAGAUAGCCAUGUCCACAACAGCACAGAAAGCGGAGCUGGUGAAACUGCAGCAAAAAUCACGUCAGCUGGAGGCCCGACGUGGCCGCAUUUCAGCCAAAAAGGCCUACCUCAGAAACAAGAAGGAAAUCUGUAUCGUAAGCCACAGCGACCAGAUACAGCAGUACAAAUUGAGUGAAGAGGCACACAGAGCCCAUCACGGUGUACAGACGAAGAGAGAACCGGAUGAUGAAGAAGAAAGAAGUAGUAAGUGGGUUAGCCAGGAACGGCAGAAAACACUGGAUAGACUCCGGAGCUUUAAACAGAGAUACCCAGGGCAAGUUAUACUUAAAUCCACACGACAGCGUUUUGGCAGAAGAAAGGGCACUACAGGUUCAGUCACCUUUACCAGCAAGGAACAGCCACAGUCUCUUCCAGGAGCCUUCCAAGCACUCCACACAACUGAGGAUAUUUCGGCGAUAAGGAAGCAAUCAAAGUCCACUGAAACAACCCAGUGGAGAAGCACAGCUGCAGGACAUGAGUGCGUUUCCCUCCAGGCAGGAGACGAUGCCAGCCCUGAACUGUUGCAACCCGCUUCACUUCCAGUUACCUGCGGUGCCAGUGGAGAGUCCAGUAUGAUUGCUGUGACACCUCCACAGCCCCCACCCCCUGUCCCUCCUCCUCCACCACCACCACCACCCCCAGCCCCGCCUCUGCCACUCACUGAGGAAUUGCCUGAUGCCGAGCAGCAAACGGAGAAACCUCUCCAAUCAGGUGACUGCAAACAAAUGUCCCAGUCUGUCAGCUUGCCUGCACCUCACUUUGACAGCCGACAGCUGCUAAACGCCAGAAGAAAAUUGAAGAAGACUGCAACCAGUGAGGAGCUGAAGAAACAAAGAGCGAGCUCACCAAUGGAUGAAGUUUUGGCCUCUCUGAAGCGGGGCAGUUUCCACCUGCGAAAGGUUGAGCAGCGCUCUCUGCCCCCGUGUCCCGAUGAAGAUGAAAGCAAUAAUAUCCUCGCACAAAUCAGGAAAGGGGUGAAGUUGAAGAAAGUUCAGAAGGACGUGCUGAGGGAGUCGUCCAUAGAUUUGUCCGACGUUGAUCCCCUAACGCGCAGUAUCCACGAGGCUUUAAGGAGAAUUAAAGAAGCCUCGCCAGAAUCAGAAGAUGAGGAUGAGGGCUUGCCCUGCAGUGAGUGGGACAACUAGUCACCACAAGCCAAGGCUUCAUGGCAUAGACAUAAUCUUGCCCUUCCCCUACACUGUGCUGUUAACUGUUAAUGCUCCUGUAGAGGUGGUUUCUGAGUGAUAGAGGAGAUUGUCCCACGAAGCUGUGCCUAAAUUGAAGUUAUUUAAUCGCAAAACUAACGGAUGUGCGUACUAUGAUGUUUAAAAUUUCCACCAGCCUUCUCUCCCAAGUUAAUGAAAAAAAUCUUUGUUGCACUGUACUGAGCAGUUUUCCUGUCAGAAUUUACUUUGUGAUCUUUGUUGUAUUGUAGCCAUAAGCACAUUUAGCUCUGGCUCAGACAUGAUCAGCUCACGUUCCUCCUCGGCAAUGAUAAAUAAUCCAUUAACUAAGCAUGGUCUAGAAAAUGCCAGUGUCAUCAAAACUGAGCUCAAGUUUUCUUUCUGUGCACCAGUAGAUGCUAUAGACUAGCCUGAAAAAAAUGAAGUUUAAUUGUCAUUUGAUGCUCGUUGAUUUCAUUCUGCCAAAGUAGGUUGUUUUCAUUGAAGUGCAAAAGGGAGAUUUCAGUGCAUCCAGAAGAGUGUCAAAGAAAAUGUCCAGAUGCCUUAAUAAAUGGACAUAGUGCACCCAGGCAGAUUAGUUGUAGUUUCUCCUUAUGCAAAUUUUUUGGACGCUUCUUCUAUUGCACUGUAAAAUUGGAUUGCUUUUGCAUUCAUUAAUUUUGACCCAGUACCCCAAAUCAGCUUUUGCAAACAUCUGUUGGUAGAAAUAGCUUUAAUAUAAUUUAAUUGCAUUUUUGAUGCAUUGCAUUUUUAAUAGUUCAUAAAAUUGAUGAAUAAAUUAGUAACUGUGUAGCACGGCAUUUGUCCAGCUCGGUGCUUUUCCUGCUAGGAUCUCACUGUGUUGAGCUUUUCACUUACACGGUUGAGUACAUGUCUACAUAUCCACAUCCCGUUGAUGAACCGGUUAGGAUAAAUAGUUAUCAGCCAUCAGUGACACCUUAGUUUGCUGUGGGCUUGCCUGCUUUGCCAAUUUAGCCUGUAGUGAUCCUGCUCGUCCAUCUCCCCCAGAAACCUAUUGGCCCAAGGCAGUUGCUCAACCAAAUGAAAUACCAGAGACUAUGGGCUAAUGGGGAAUUGUGGGCUUACAUUUUGCUGCAAAAGUGCAUAGCUGGACAGUAAUUGAGAAUAUGUAGACGUAUAAAUUCUUAGGAUUAAGACCUGUUUGCCUGAAAAGUCAAAUCAGUUGAUCCAAUUUAGAUUUAGCUUGACAUCCUUACAAUUAGUUUGUAAUCUGUACGCAAACCAAUCACUUGCCUUAUAUUUGUUUAACAAGAUAUAUUUAAAACGUUUUGGAUAAAAUCCUAUCCACUGGCAAUAAAAUUCAGACAUCUGAUGGAAGAGUUUGCAUUUUACGUUUACCAUCAGAUGGUCAGAUUCAAAAAUCCCAAUUAUCUGUCUGGGUAGUUUGUCUAGAGGUUUUUGGUUCCUACUUUUAGUCUACAUUAGAAAAGAUUUGUAUUUGUAAAUAUUUUAGCUUUGCAGCUCACAUGUGUGCUGGUGAGUAAUGAAAUGAGCUUUUCUGAUUUAUAAAUUUAAUAAUCUUAAACAUCCUCUCAAA